CUCCACCUGAGCGGCGUCGGUGGCCCCGGGAGCCGGCCCCAUGGCGGCCGAGGCGGUGGCGUCGCGCCUGGAGCGGCAGGAGGAGGACAUCCGCUGGCUGUGGGCGGAGGUGCAGCGCCUGAGGGACGAGCAGCUGAACGCGCCCGACCGGGGCCAGGCCGAGGGGCCGUGCCUGACGCGGGAGGUGGCGCAGCUGCGGGCGGAGAACCGCGACCUGCGCCAGCGCCUGUGCCGCCUGCGGCUGUGCCUCGCCGAGGAGCUGAGCCAGCGGGCGCCGCUGGGGGGCGCGGCGCGGGCGGCGGGGAGGAACGGGGCCGGGCGCGCGGCUGCCGGCGCGCAGCCUCCUUCCAGUCAAAGCCAAGAAAAGAACACUAAAACGGAGGAGGAGGAAAGCAGGCCUGAGAGUGAGGGAAAUAAUCAACCAGAUUUUGUAAAGGAAAGAUUGAAGCUAUAUGAAAUAUUGAAGAAAGACUAUCAGCUCUUAUUUGCCCUUAAUGACAAAAAGGGGAAUACAAGCAAUGUGAUCACAGUAAGAAUGGCUGGUGGGAAAACAGUGGAAGGCGAAGUCUGGACAACAACACCUUAUCAAGUGGCCGCUGAAAUUAGUCCAGAACUGGCUGAAAGCACAGUUGUAGCCAAAGUAAAUGGUGAAUUGUGGGACUUGGACCGUCCAUUGGAAGGGGAUUCCACUCUAGAGCUGCUUACAUUUGAUAAUGAGGAAGCUCAAGCUGUAUACUGGCACUCCAGUGCUCACAUUCUUGGGGAGGCCAUGGAGCUUUACUAUGGAGGCCAUUUGUGCUAUGGUCCACCCAUUGAAAAUGGAUUCUAUUAUGACAUGUUCAUUGAAGACAGAGCAGUGUCCAGCACAGAGCUGUCAGCACUGGAGAACAUAUGUAAGACUAUCAUAAAAGAAAAGCAACCAUUUGAAAGACUGGAAAUCAGUAAGGAAGUGCUCCUAGAAAUGUUUAAGUACAAUAAAUUUAAAUGCCGUAUCCUGAAUGAGAAAGUUCACACCUCAACUACCACAGUUUACAGGUGUGGUCCAUUAAUUGACCUUUGCAAAGGCCCCCAUGUAAGACACACUGGAAAAAUUAAAGCCAUAAAAAUUUUCAAGAAUUCCUCAACUUACUGGGAGGGCAAUCCUGAAAUGGAAACACUGCAGAGGAUCUACGGGAUAUCAUUCCCUGAUAACAAGAUGAUGAAGACCUGGGAAAAAUUCCAAGAGGAAGCCAAGAACCGAGAUCACAGGAAGGUUGGAAAGGAACAAGAACUGUUUUUUUUCCAUGAUCUCAGUCCUGGAAGCUGCUUUUUUCUUCCCAGAGGAGCCUUCAUUUAUAAUACACUUAUGGAUUUCAUACGAGAGGAGUAUCACCGACGUAACUUCACAGAAGUGCUCUCUCCCAACAUGUUCAACAGCAAACUCUGGGAAACCUCAGGCCACUGGCAGCAUUACAGCGAGAACAUGUUUACCUUUGAUAUUGAAAAGGAUACUUUUGCUCUUAAGCCCAUGAACUGCCCAGGGCACUGUCUAAUGUUUGCUCAUCGUCCACGAUCAUGGAGGGAAAUGCCUGUCAGAUUGGCUGAUUUUGGAGUUCUUCAUAGGAAUGAAUUAUCAGGAACUUUAAGUGGCUUGACUCGAGUUAGGCGCUUCCAGCAGGAUGAUGCCCACAUCUUCUGCACAGUAGAGCAGAUUGAAGAAGAAAUAAAGGGCUGUUUGCAGUUUUUGCAGUCUGUUUACUCAACGUUUGGCUUCUCCUUUCAAUUAAAUUUGUCAACAAGACCUGAAAACUUCCUAGGAGAGGUUGAGCUAUGGGAUGAAGCUGAAAAGCAAUUACAGAACAGCUUAGUGGAAUUUGGAAAACCAUGGAAGAUGAAUCCAGGAGAUGGAGCAUUUUAUGGCCCUAAAAUUGAUAUAAAAAUCAAGGAUGCUAUUGGCAGAUACCAUCAAUGUGCUACAAUUCAGCUGGACUUCCAACUCCCUAUUAGAUUUAAUCUUACAUAUGUUAGUAAGGAUGGAGACGAUAAGAGGAACCCUGUGAUCAUUCAUCGAGCCAUUUUGGGGUCAGUGGAAAGAAUGAUAGCCAUCCUUUCAGAAAACUAUGGGGGGAAAUGGCCUUUCUGGCUGUCUCCUCGUCAGGUAAUGGUGAUCCCUGUGGGGCCAACUUGUGAAAAAUAUGCACUUCAGGUAUCCAGUGCAUUUUUUGAAGAAGGAUUCAUGGCUGAUGUUGACUUAGAUCACAGCUGUACACUAAAUAAGAAAAUACGAAAUGCGCAGCUGGCUCAGUAUAAUUUUAUUUUGGUGGUUGGAGAAAAGGAAAAGACAAAUAAUGCUGUAAAUGUUCGAACAAGAGACAACAAAAUUCAUGGAGAGAUUUCUGUAACAUCUGCCAUUCAUAAGUUGAAGAAUUUCAAGAAAUCACGUAUACUAAAUGCUGAGGAGGACUUCUGAAGUUUUCCUUGUACUUGGCUUCUAUGUAACCUUGUUUUGACUCCUAAAAAUGCAUUUUUCUUAAUUAUCGCUAUUAUUCUAAGAACUUUUGACUCACUGAUGGGUACAGUGAGAAAGGAGACAAUGGAUAAGUAGUUAAUAUAAAAAGUUUAGCUCAUUAAUGUGUCCAGGAACAAUGUGAGAAUGAGCUGGGGAAAUUUUUAAUUUCCCAAAUGCCUUGAGAUUUAUGUGGGAAAAUGUUAUUUAUUGAAAGAGGGAAAUACUAGGAUAUGAAAAUUAGGAGAGAUUAUUGCUUAGAUUGUUGGUUUCAAAAGAUAGGCUCCAAAUAAGAACCUGCAAAGCUUUUUUUAAAUAUAAGGGAAAAUCCUAUUUUCUAGGACAAUACCUCUCAGGUAUUUUUAUGGUUGUUUUACUGAAGUUCACACUGAAAGAAACUUUAUCUCAAAAAUUGGAAUCAUCACUUAAUUUGUUUUACCCAACAACCACUGAAGCAGCAGCUAGUACUAAAUAUUGGAUUACUGAUAAAAGACUCAGAACCUCAAAUUCAGUGUUAUGGAAUAUACUGGUUGUUUGCAGUGUAGGUUAAGAGUUUCUGUUUAAUGCUUCUAAUUGCCAACUGAGUCUUGCUCAUUUGUAGAAAAAAUAAAUUCCUAAAUAAAAUGCAA